AACUAAUUCAACAAGUUACAUUCUAUCACUUCACAUUUACAACUAUUUCUUAAAAGCCAUGAAGCCCUGUAGUAAAAGAAAAAUCAAGAAAAAAAUAAAAAAACACAUCAUUCACAUCAUCAUAUUCAAAGAAGAGCAUUUAAGUUCUCCUAAAAAUACAAAUCAAUAUCUCCUAACCAAACAUAUGAACUAAGAAAUUUAGCAAAAUGUUGAAAUCAAAGAACCUGGUAGUAUGUUAUCCUUUUUAUUAAAUGAAUAAAGACCAUAAUCUACAGAUCAACUAUUUUAACCUUCAAACUAAGAAAUACUUAUUACAGAUUCCUCUGAUAUCAUAAAAAGCUUAGCCUGAACAUACACAAAUUCCUAUUGUUUAAUGUUAUUGUUUAUUCUUUAUAUUUAGUUUUUAAUAUAAUUUUAUUAAUGAUGAUGACUUCUCUAUAAAUUAAACUCAAGAUAUUAGUGUCUGUUAUAUAGAC